AUUGUGCGCUUCGAGUCUCUGUAGCUAUGGCUGGCCUGAUGGAAGCACUGUUCGUCCCUCGCGCUUCCGCAAUUCCUUCUUCCUCCUUGGCUCCGGUGGCCGGAUCCAGCGCUGUCAGAAUAUCCGAAUACAGGGGACUCAGGAUCCGGCCGGUUCGCUCAUCGGUGAAGCUAAGGUCAGCGUCGAGACUCGCUCGUGGCCGUGGUAGGAUCGUUUGCGAGGCGCAGGAAGCAGCUGUUGAAGUGUCUGGUGUUACUGACUCGACUUGGCAGUCUCUUGUUCUUGAAAGCAGUUCACCUGUUUUGGUGGAAUUUUGGGCACCGUGGUGUGGCCCAUGCCGUAUGAUCGACCCUGUUGUUGUUAAACUGGCUAAGCAAUACGCUGGAAAGCUCAAAUGCUACAAGGUCAAUACUGAUGAGUGCCCUUCUAUUGCGACCCAAUAUGGCGUCCGGAGCAUUCCAACCGUGAUUGUCUUUAAGAAUGGUGAGAAGAAAGAAGCAGUGAUUGGGGCAGUCCCAGAAUCGACAUUAACAACCUGCAUCGAAAAAUUCUUGUAGAAGGGUGAGGGUAUGUAUAUACACAAUUCUCUCGAAGAUCCAGUCUCAUCUACACCUAGACCUGGUCUUAUCCUUGUUGCUGCGCAAAAAUGGCUCCGAUCGACCUUUAAGGUAUGAUGUAUUUAGUUGCCUUGACGCUGAUCUAUGAUAUGUUUAUUUGUGGAAUAAGUGAAUUGUUUUUCGAUUUGGUGCUAAAUAUGUUGUUUUGAAAUUUUAUGA